UUCAAAUUUCCCUACAUUUUUGAUUUUAUCUAAAACCUUUGUGGAAAUGUACUGAAUAAAUUGGUGUAAUUAUUUGUUAUGACUACUUAUCCUAUGACAUAGUAUGAAAUAUUCUUCUCAACAUGUUUGCUCUUAGUUGCCGUAGCUUAUCUAGGUGCAGCAUACAAUGUUUGAGGUUACUUUACUAUUCUUCACAACCUAAACAAAAUAAUCCUGAUGAUAAGAAAAUUAGUAAAGUAAUUAAUGUUGCGAUUGUGGGUGCACCUAAUGCUGGAAAAAGUACACUCAUAAAUAAAAUUACAGAAAGAAAGAUAUGUGCUGCAUCAAGUAAAGUUCAUACGACUACAAAAUUAGUGAGAGCUAUUUGUUUUGAAAAUGAUACACAAAUUAUAUUCUUGGAUACCCCAGGAGUUAUCACGGAAAAAGAGAAGAAUAAGUAUAAAUUGCCAGACUCAAUGCUAGAGGCAUGUGUCAAAAGUUUGCGGUGUGCGGACGUGAUUGGGGUAGUACAUGAUGUCUCUAACAAGUGGACAAGAGAAAGCAUUCACCAAGAUGUUCUAAAUAUGCUUGAAUUAUUUGAAAGCACCCCUAGUUUUCUAGUUCUAAAUAAGGUGGACACAUUAAAAAGUAAAAAGCAAUUACUUUCCCUAAUCAGAAAUUUAACAAAUGGGUUCAUAGCCGGUGCUCCGAUACCAAAUGCAAAAGUGGAUUCAAGUAAAGUUCAAAGAGGUUACAGUAAAUUCUCUGAUGUCUUUAUUGUCUCAGCUAAGGAAGGAGAUGGUGUAAAGGACAUAAAGGAUUAUUUAAUAAGUAACGCCAAGGUGUCACGGUUACACUACUCACCAUCGGAAUGGUCAGAUCAAACUCCCGAGAGAUUAAUAGAGGAGGCAGUGCGAGCGAAAUUUCUAGACUUUCUCGCUCAAGAGAUACCGUAUAAUCUGACAACUCAGUUAGAAUUCUUUGACGAUUUGACCGAUGAGAACAAAAUCACUUGCUCCGUAUGCAUAUUAUGUCCUACAGAGAGAUUAGCUAAGUUGAUCAAUGGCUCAGGAGGAGGAAGACUGCAUCAAAUAAAAUCUGCUGUAAUGAUGGACCUUAUCGAAAUGUUUAAAAAACCAGUCUCCAUAAAAAUUGUUCUGAAAGUAAAGUCCAAAUCAGAUACGGAAGAUAUAGUAGCAUAAGUGGAAUACACUGUAAAUGUUUUGU